CCAUAUUCUCCUAUCAUCAUCACCUAUCUCCAAGAAUUGUGUGUCAGUGAGUCUACUACUAACUAAGAUGAGAAGAUGCUUUCGUGCAACCUGUUUCGGGCAUCGCAAGAAGAUCAAGAACCACAAACACCAGCCUCCUCAACAACCAGAAUCAGUACCAGUGCCAAUCGCUCUCAAAGAAGAAGAGAUAGCUAGCCUUCUACAAUUUGUUGCACAAUCCCAAUCCCACUAUAGCAGAGCAGAGAAUGAAGAGGAAUCAGAUGAUAUUUUUCACAACUCUGUGGAGAAUCGAAAUGGGAAUGCCAAAAACAAGAAAAAAGAGGAGGAAGCACUUGUACCGUAUCCCAAAGAUGAUUCCCUCAUUGUUGACAAAGAAAACGACAAGAUGAAGAUGACUCCAGAUGAUAAUCCAAAGGAAGAUGAUCGUUGUUGUCCAGGACAGAUACAGAUGGAAUCCUCCGACUCGCUGUUCUCUCUGUCUAUAGAUUCCAGAAAACAUGAUGCGUCUGCAGCAGAAACUGGAGAAAAAGAGGUUAGCAGCAGGCCACCAUUAAAGCCUUUGGAGGAGAACUCACCGUAUGAAGAAGACAAGGAGAAUGCGAAUUCGGAAGCUAUUGUACCUUACAGCAAACAGGCUGUAGUGAAGCAAUCGUUGGAAGACGAGGUUAUAGCAUUGGAUACCAGUCAUUCAAGCUGCUCACAAUAUGAAGAAGACAAGGAGAAUGUGAAUUCGAAAGCUAUUGCUUACAGCAAACAGGCUGUAGUAAAGCAAUCAUUGGAUGACGAUUUUAUAGCAGUGGAUACCAGUCUUUCAUGCUACUCAUCAUAUGAAGAAGACAAGGAGAAUGUGAAUUCAGAAGCUAUUGUACCUUACAGCAAACAGGCUGUAGUAAAGAAAUCGAUGGAUGAGGUUAUAGCAGUGGAUACAAGUCUUUCAAGCUGGUUGGCCGGACCAUUUCCUGACUGCACAAACUGUGGAAGCUCCCCGGAGAGUGAGAAGAACUAUGGAGGAGACAGGCAGAUUCUCGCCACAAUAAGUCAGUCCUGCAGCAAAGUUGAAAAAGUCAAAAAGCUCCAUCCCAUACCGGCCAGGGUUGGGCACAGCGAGGAGAUUACAGCGGUAGCCAGUGAAUAA